GGACUGUAGUUGUGGCCCCGGUCGACCAGCACUUGGCCCUGUCACUCAUGUCUCCUGACCCCCGCCCCCAUCUCGUCUUACCCCCAAGCUUGUCUCUCUGUUCCUCUGCGCACUGUUAGUGAGGUCUGUGUUGCAGUUGCCGCCUAGCCUGCCCCACUGCUCCUUCUGUCUCGACACGCUUAAUCACCACAGAGUGGGCUCGUCAUCAUCGUGCUUCUCUUUUUCCGUGUUUUGUAAACCACCUACGCGUGGUACAUUUUCAGAAGCUAGAGGGGACACCUGAAUCCCAGGGGAUCGUCUAGCAUUGGGAACAAGCGUGUGGAUUUGGACAAUUGGAAUACUUUGUACCUCCAGGCUUUGAUUUGGUCACCUGUGCUACCUCGCCGUGCGUGUGAGCGCGAGUGCAUGUUACUGGGUGAGUGGUGGACAUACUGAGGAGGCCACAAGGUGUUGGUUGAGUGCUUUUGAGUUGUGAGGUCCUUGUACAGGAGCACUGCACUGUAGAGGAGCGUGAGAUCUGUGUGUGUGGGUCUGCUCCACCGCGCCGUACAGUCAUGGCUACCCUGAAGAGCUGGCUCCUGGGGCUGCUGCUGGUCCUGCUCUGCAGCUUCCAGACGCCCCUGGCUCCCUCCACUGCCGUCAAAGCCCAGGAGAUACCUCAUGUCCAUGAGGAGGGGCUGAUGGCAGACCACGACAACGAUGACGACGACGACGAUGACGACGAUGACGACGAUGACGACGACGACGAUGACGACGACGACGACGAUGAUGACGAUGACGACGAUGAUGACGAUGACGAUGAUGACGAUGACGAUGAUGACGAUGAUGACGAUGACGAUGAUGAUGACGAUGAUGACGACGAUGACGAUGACGAUGAUGACGAUGACGAUGAUGAUGACGAUGACGAUGACGAUGAUGAUGAUGAUGAUGAUGACGAUGAUGAUGACGACGAUGACGAUGACGACGACGAUGAUGACGAUGACGAUGAUGAUGAUGAUGACGAUGAUGAUGAUGAUGAUGAUGAUGAUGACGACGACGAUGACGAUGACGACGAUGAUGACGAUGAUGAUGACCACGAAGAUGACGAGGAAGAUGAGUACCAUGUGGGUUCCGUCUGCAAGUUCUGUGCCCACUGUGAGCACUGCGACAGCUGUGACAAGUGCCCAUGUAAAAAGGGAGAUAAGGCAGAAUAUUGUGGAUUCUGUGAGGCCUGCAAUAUGUGUCCUGUCUGCCCUGUGUGUAACACUGUGUGCCAGCCAGGUGGUUUUGUGGACUCAGUCACAGGAUCGAUCUAUAAGACGGUUGCAGACAUUCUUGACAAUGAUGACGAUGAUGAUGACAAGAACUAAGUCUUCGAUUGCCACCGUGUGGCCAUUUGAAUGAGCUGCAGUCAGGGUUGAGGAGGGGCAUUUAAAAGCUUGAGUCUGCAUUAUUGCUGUCUUGAGUCUUAAUAAGUUAUUUCUCUACCACCUUUUUAAAUCUGACAUGUUUCAUAAAAGCACUAAAUAUAUGGAACAUUGAAUCAAAGAAUGUAUAAAUAAACCUAUACGGUUUUGUCAACCGGUUUACUGUGUAAGUAACAGUAAAUAUAAGAACUGUCACUGAACAAGCACGAGCUAUUUUGACACAACUGGAUGGUAUUUAAAUAAAAUUGUGGGUAUUUGUUUGUCACAUUA